CGAUGUAAUUAAGCGUUGUUAUUUAAUAGGAUGCAAUGAGGAACGUUAUAUCAUUCGCUGUGUUAUCCAAACUUACAGCUACGUGCGCAUACACAGAUGUAAGUUUGACUAUCACUGCUCAAACGCAUCCGCGGCGGGCGCGCACCCGCAGUCGCGAUGCGUGCGCCGCUCGCACCCGCGGCCUUUGCCGCAUUACUCCUGCUCUAUCCUGCCAGCCUGGUACUCUGCUAUCAGGACGAGAGAGGAUACCAAGCAGAGGACGCGUAUCACGAUGAUGUGUUAAACGUGUUAGACGGCAGUUCACCAUGUCCUACAGACAGAGUCCUGCGUACGCGGGAUAUGUGUCGGAUUGACGGCGCUGACAUACAAUGCAUCAAGCUGAAGUGCUGUGAUACGCAUGUUUUCAUCGCUGGAAGAUGUAUCCCGCGGUCAGUGGACCCGUGCAGCCUGCAGCUGUGCGAGCAGGCGUGCGAGGUGCGCGGCGACCGCGUGUGGUGCACCUGCCACAGCGGGUUCCAGUUCCACGCUGACCACUACCAGAGGAAGACCCAGCCUUACUGUGUUGAUAUCGAUGAAUGCGCAAACAACAAUGGCGGCUGUGACCAGAAGUGUGUGAACGACCCUGGCGGCUACCACUGCGAGUGCUCAAAGCCGUUCACACUCGCCGAAGACGGGAAAAAAUGUGAGCGACGAAUCACCGUACCAGUAACUGCUCUGAUUCAGGAACCCCUGCCAUUAGCCCGCGCGUCGUCCAGGUGCUACGCGCCGUGUGACACUGUCAACUUCAUGUCGCGGAAGAUCAGGCAUUUGGCGGAACAGCUGCAUAGCACGCAAACUGCACUCAAGAAAAUCAUGGACAGCCCUGCUUUCAAGGAAGAUCGGUUUGCAGAAGGCACCUAUGCCUACAGGGUACUGGAUUCUACGGCUCCUCUAGAGGGCGGCUACUGUCGGUGUGAACGAGGACCCAGGGGUCCGCCCGGAGCACCGGGGAUGGAAGGUCCAAAGGGCGACGAAGGGCCGCGAGGUCCGCGCGGACCCCGGGGCCCUAAAGGCUCCCUGGACCUAAUGCUGCUCAUGAUCGCAGACUUGAGACAUGAUAUACAAAACUUGGAAGCAAGAGUAUACAAGGAUGAUGAACGGCCUGAAAGAUUUAAUCUCCAGAAGGCAUGGCGUCGUCAGCGCAAACAGGAGAAGUUGGAACGGGAGAGCAACACCGAGCAGGAGUUAGAGGCUUACACCGCGCCGCCGAUAGAGGGGCCCGUCGAUAUAUCGCCGAACGGUUUAAAUGGCGAAAUAUCCCACGAAUCUACAACUGACUGGACCUUAGUAAAGGGUGAAACAGACCCAGCAGAGUUACCUCUAGGCUUAAUGGACGAUAUGGCGGCAUUGGAGAAACUGCGGCAGUACCACAUCCUGAGCAACGUGACCAGUCCCGACGACGAUGAGGAACCAGACAACGAUUAUGAUUACAGCUUCUACUAGGAUAACAUGGCGAUAAAGGAGUUUUUGUA